UAAUUAUAUUAUUGUUAUGAGCCGAAUCACAGAGAAGCUCCGGUUUCCUGUCGUCGUCACGAAAUCCACCGCGGGCUUUCUCUCGUUGAGCCUAGCCAGGUUGUCUGACUCCACUAUCCGCCUCUGCAAAUUGGUCGUAUCCAAAACCCUAGCUGUCAUUUUCUCCUCCAUGGACGACCUCUUCUUCGCCGACGACGAUUUCGACCUCGACAUCCCUCAGGCUCUCCCGCUCUCCGUCGUCCCCGCUUCCGAUACUCUUUCCCGAGAAGUAGACGGCGGAGGAGAAGAUAGAGACAAGCUCUAUCUUGUUAAAUACGGCUGGUUGAAAGAGACGCAAAUUUUUGAUGGCAAUGCUGAGCGAAGUAGAGCCUUGCUGUACUCCGUCUCGUCGGUGGUUGAUGAAGCUGACUCUGAAAUUGUGCUGCAUUUGAGAGAGGAAGAGGGUUCUAAGAGUGAGAGGAGACAGAACAAGGAAGAAGGGACUUCGGGCAGUGAUUAUGUUUUGCUUCCUGAAGCAAUGUGGGUUCGGGCACUAAAAUGGCAUAAUGAUCAUAAAGUGCCAGGAGAGGAUGACCUUUAUGCCUCACGAGAUCAUAUCCAGAAUAUAUUUCCUCUACAAAUUAGCCUUUCACUUUCAUCUGAAACAAAUUCCUUGGUAGUAAACAUCAAAUUAAAGGACAACUUUGUUGACCCUUACAAGAAGGCAUGCGAUAUUUUCAGUUCCAAAACUGGCUUGUUACACAUUUGGGACUUCUCAGGGCGGACAUCCCAGUUUUUUGUGAAUGAUGGAAAUAAUUUGUCUAUUGAUUCUCCUGGACAAUCAAGACAGAUUCACCUUAGACUGUAUGUCUAUGGAUUUUCAGAUUCUACAGAGGAAAGAAACGACAGGAUGGAACAAAUGUCCCAGCUGGAAUCCCUACCUGGAGUUGGUCAAUUAGGCUUGACAGGAUUAAAGAAUCUUGGAAAUACUUGUUUCAUGAACAGUGCAAUCCAGUGUUUGGCGCACACUCCUGAACUUGUCGAUUUCUUUCUUGGAGACUAUUGGAAAGAGAUUAAUUAUGAAAAUCCUUUGGGGGUGAAUGGGAAGCUUGCCUUGUCUUUUGGAGAACUAUUAAGAAAGUUGUGGGUUCCUGGAGCUGUUCCUGUGGCACCAGGAAAGUUCAAAUUAAAACUUUCCAAGUUUGCUCCUCAAUUCAGUGGUUAUAACCAACAUGAUUCUCAAGAGUUUCUUGCAUUCUUAUUGGAUGGAUUGCAUGAAGAUUUGAAUCGUGUGAAACAUAAACCAUAUAUAGAAGUGAGGGAUGCUGAAGGCCGUCUAGACGAAGAAAUAGCUGAAGAAUAUUGGCGAAAUCAUUUGGCUCGCAAUGAUUCCAUCAUAGUUGACUUGUACCAGGGCCAGUAUCGGUCGACAUUGGUUUGUCCUGUCUGCAAGACAGUGUCUGUCACAUUUGAUCCCUUUAUGUACCUAUCAUUGCCUUUGCCUUCAACAACGAUGCGGAAAAUGACUUUGACUGUCUUGAGCACCGAUGGGGUUACUAGGCCAUGUCCGUUUACAAUAACUGUACCAAAGUGUGGGAGGCUUAAGGAUCUUAUUGAGGCCCUAAGCAUUGCAUGUUCUUUGAGAAAUGAUGAAAGCCUUUUGGUAGCAGAGAUAUACAGAAGCAAGAUAUUUCGCAUGCUGGAUGAGCUUUCUGAUUCAUUAGCCUUGAUACGGGAUGAUGACAAAUUGGUUGCGUAUCGGUUAUCAAAAGCUACUGAGGCAUAUCCUUUAGUUGUCUUCAUGCAUCAUCAAGUUGAAACGUAUUCCAGCUUUGGGAAGACAGCUCCAAAUUUGAAACUUUUUGGUAUUCCUCUUGUAGCAAGGUUGAAUGAUUUUCCGAGUGGUCCCAAUAUUUGUAGCCUAUUUAUGAAACUACUUGGUCCAUUUUUGAUGCCUGUUGAAGAUGUAUUAGAAUAUGAUGAUGGUGCUAAUGAAGAUUCUGCAAUGGAGGAUACCAUUAACCCCUCAGUUUCAGACAGUGAGGGAAGCUCUGAUAUUGAGAGUGGGGAUGGGCGUCGUUUGAACACUGACUUUCAAUUCUACUUGAUGGUUGAUAAAAUGGACUUAAUGGAGAUAAAGAUGGAUGAACCACUGCUGAUCCCAAGGGUCAUGAAAAGGCUGGAUAUAGUUGUUUUCUGGAAAGAUAAUAUGAAUGAAAAAUAUGAUACAUAUCUUCUCAGCUCAUUGCCAGAGGUUUUCAAGCCCCAGAUUUUCACGAGGAAGCCCCAGGAGUCUGUAUCUUUGUACAAAUGUCUUGAAGCAUUCUUGAAGGAAGAGCCUCUAGGACCAGAAGAUAUGUGGUACUGCCCAAACUGCAAGAAGCAUCGACAAGCAAUCAAAAAGUUAGAUCUGUGGAGAUUGCCUGAAAUUUUGGUUAUUCACUUAAAGAGGUUCUCAUACAGCCGAUUUUUUAAGAACAAGCUGGAAACAUUUGUUGACUUUCCAGUUGAUGAUCUUGAUCUCUCCGGUUACAUUACCCAUAAGAACAGACAAUCAUCAAAUCAUUAUAUGCUGUAUGCAAUGAGUAAUCACUAUGGUGGAAUGGGAGGGGGUCACUAUACUGCAUCUGUUGCUCACCAGCGUUGCAGGUGGUAUGAAUUUGACGAUGAAAGUGUGUCCCCCAUCAGUGAGGACGAUAUCAAAACUUCCGCUGCUUAUGUACUGUUCUAUCGGAGAAUCCCAGAUACGUAGCCUUUACCUGUUUGUACGGUUGACUUUGUAAUUUGAUUUAGAGCUCAGCUUCCGUCCUACAAAGCUUUAUUGGUAGGAGUGGUGCCAUUGUGGGUAUAGUUCAGAGUAAAAAAGAAAUGCAGAUAAGGAAUGAAGGAUUUCAUACUGUACAGCCUCAAAGGAUACACCAAAAUUGGAGGAACUUUUGACAAUGGAAAACUGUGAGGAAUUUGUUUCGAAAUGCACGAAAAAUCGACUUUAAGCA